AUGUACGGCAAAUUAUAUGAAUCUACAACAACGGCUAACUUAAGUAGUUACAACGAAUUAGAAAUCUUCAAGUAUGUCAACAGCUUUGACCGGAUUUCACCCUUCUCCAUUAUGCGCUUAUCCCAUCCAUCGAUUCAAACUUACAUACCGGUUACAGAUAUUGCUAGAUUCAAUGAGAUCGAUGAACACUAUAAACGGAACGGACGUCAGUGUGGUAUUUGUGGCAACUGGAAGAUAAACAUUUCAAAUGGGGAAGCCACGCGAGAUAAACGCAGGAGUCUGCCGCAACGACGGAAAAAUCAGAAGCUAAAGACGAUUUUUCCACCCGAGGUAUUGGAUCUCGUCCGUGACAUGAAUAACUCGCUGCCUCCCAAGAUUCGGCAUUCAGGCGGGCGAUUUCUCAAAGGGCCAUUGCAAGGCCAAGAAGUUGCAGGCCUGCCCCAUUUCUUUGAAAAGUCCUCUGGUAGACUGAAGUACUGCUACAUGGAUCUCGUAAAGAAGCCAGAAAUGAGCCCCAAACCCCGCGCGGUGUUCAAGAGAACCUGCAACAUGUCGCCUGCGGAGCCAUUUCCCAAUACAUCAUGGUUCAGAGGCUCAGGCCUUCAUGUUGUUACCGCAAUAACGACUAACGUUUGGACACCGGACAAAUAUCCAGACUGGACUGGGCCGCCUGGAUUUCUUGCCGGUAAAGAUCCGACCUGGAUUCCUAAAGGUAUGCGCCAGUGUGCUUUUUGCAAUCUAUCAGUAUGUGAUUGCAUUCAUACGAAAGUUCGUCAUGAUGUGCCAUGCAUCAGGAAAACGGCAAACAUGGGCGAAGGAGCUUUGGCAAGAACAGACUACGAGAAAGAUGAGUUUUUGGGUGAGCUAGUAGGUGAAUUGGCCCCAAUUGGCUACUAUACCGAUGGAUGGGCAGCCGAUCUCUCCCGGGAUGACCUUUCUCCAGACAGGAAGGAGGUCGCAUGGUGUCAAGUCUAUCCCCGCUACAUGGGAAACUGGGUGCGCAAAGUUAACCACUCUUGCGAAUCUAACUGCGUAUUUGAAUCGUGGAACAUCUCUGGACGAUGGCGCGUGAUGCUACGAGCAACUUGUCAAAUCAAGCGCGACAGCUGGAUUCUUGUCAACUACGGAGAGGAGUAUUGGCAGGAGAAUCACCGAUGUCUUUGUGGCAGCAAUUACUGUGUGAGUGAUCGGGAUUUUAGCACAAGGAGAACACAGGAAACUCAAGAAGAGAUGCCAGCUCCAGGUAGUAAGGUGUCACCUUGUUAA